UUUUUUUUUUUUUUUCAUUGACAUUGACAUUGAUAAUUUUAAUUUUUUUUUUUUUGCAAGAACACUUGUUAUACGACCCCAUUAUGAGCUCAACUUAUCCUUCCGGGUUUAAGCCUGCACUUUCAGCAUAUCCUUCCGUCUUUGACAAGGAAGCACUUUUAGACGACGACAAGGAGCUUUGGUUGAUUCGUAUUCCCGACAAUGUUGAAGAAGCAGAUCUCGCCAACUUAAAAUUAAAAGCACCUUCCAGUAGUAAAGCAAAGGAGAAGGCUUUAGCAAAGCUCGAAAAGGGAAACGACAAAUUCGCAUUGUACAAGGUACCCACUGGCAAUGAGGAUACUAUGGAAGAGACUGAGGAACCCAUUGAUUUAGGCAUCAGUGGACAUGAAAUGCUUGCAUUUGACUGUCUCGUUCCUUCUCGUCAAGACAACGGCAAGCUCGUCUUUGCCCCCAAGCAGUUUGAGCAGUACUUGAUUUUGAACCAAGUGGUGGAUAUUCCUGAUUCUACAGCCUAUGCACAAGCUGUACUUGAGACACCAGUGUACAAGAGAGAUCAACCUGAGGGACUCAAGAUGCGAUUCAAGCCUUAUGGAUAUUACUCUGGUCAAGUGGUAAAGGACACCGAGGUCAAGGUGGAAGAAGAGGACGUUAAAUUAGACGAUGUAAAGAGAAAGAGAGUGACUGAGGAAGAUGAUACAGUGGUUGAAAAGAAAAAGGCAAAGAAGGAGAAAAAGGAAAAGAAGGAAAAGAAGGAAAAGAAGGAGAAAAAGGUCAAGAAGGAAUAAAAGCAUAAAUCUAGAGAUUACACUUACGCACACACAUACACACGCGCACACGCACACUCACACUCACACACGCAC